CAAGGGAGGGGAUGAGAGAGCGAGAGGCGGAGGGGCCUGACGAAUAUCCGCACCCCAGAGCGGCGCUCGGUGGUUCUAAUUAAAGCGGCGCUCGGAACCCGGGGGACCCGCCUGACGUCGGCGGCCGCGGGGAUAAGAAGCGCCCGAGGACAGCCGGACUCGGAGCAGCAGGGUGAGCGCUGUCCCCGUAGGAGCUGUGCGUCCUGUGUCCCUGCGCUGGACUAGUGGGGCUGGAGCUCGUGAAGUAGUGUCGGGACUGAAGAACCGAGGAGCGCCGCACACGCGGGACCUCCGGCGUGAGCUCAGGUGCCCGAGGGCGACGCGGGAUCCACGGCGUGGGCACAGGUGCCCGAGGGCAGUGCGGGAGCCACCGCUGGCAGGUGCCCCGAUCUCUCAAGUCCAGGGCGGCCCAUCUGCUCCGCGGCUCCGGACCUCAGCAGCCCCGGGCGUCACCUGUGACCUCCCAUCUCAUCGAGGUGUCCAAAGACCCCGCGCGCCGACCCCGCGGUGAAAGAAAGUUCUGCGGCGGGCUCCGCCUGGACUCCGCGUGCGGGGAAACUUGGGCGCGGGCUGCUGGGGCGGCGGGUCCCAAGACCCGCGACACAGCCCACCAGGCCAUGCGCGUGUCCGGGCGCCCGAUGCUCCUUGCGUUACUGCUGCUACUGAGCACCGUGGGGGACCCGGGACAUGCGCAGCCCAGGGGGCCUGCAGACCGGCAAACGCUGCUGAGGUUGCUAGUUGAGCUGGUCCAGGAGCUGAAGAAAUUCCACAUAGGAGACUCCAAAAGGCUGCAGCUCCUUGGCGAGUCCGACUUUGCCCUGGGCCGCAGAGAGGCCACGGAUUAUGGGGCAGACCAAGAAGAGCAGAGAGUGGGUCCUCUUUAUUUCAGUCCGAAGUGCAGCAAGCACUUCCACAGACUUUACCACAACACGCGGGACUGCACCAUCCCUGCAUACUAUAAAAGAUGUGCCAGGUUACUUACCCGGCUGGCUGUCAGUCCCAUGUGCAUGGAGAGAUAAGCUGCAAAGGAGCGACACACCAGGAACCCUGAAAAGUGCCUUGGAAACCAACAGAGCAGAACCAUCUUCAUGCCCACCUCCUGUGGACAGAGAUUUAUUUUUGCACUCUUCCAUAAUUCCUUUGCAUUUUCUAUGUUGCUGACAGUUUACAAAUAUGCAUUCAGCAAAUCAGUGUAUCUGUCAGUGAGAUUUGCCACUCUUAGAUUAUAAGAACAGACAACACUCUACAUUUGAUGUAUUGUUCUGUAAAAUGAGGUAUUUCCCUUUUAAGAUUAGGUGGAAACACAAGGAAUAUUUCUUUAGAAACAUAGGCAGAACAUUAAACUGUAUUUUCAUAGAGUGUAUAGUAUGAUUUGACAUUUUGUAUUCUACAACUAAAACCCCAAAGUAUAGUUUGGAACUGCAUGACAAAUUUUAAUGAAAACCAAAAAACCUCAGUUAUUUGAAGACAGUGGCAUAUGUAUCUGCAGAUAUGCCCAGGCCAGUCCCAUUUGUCCUCUGUAAAUGUAUACGCACAUUCCAGGUCUUGUAUAGUAUGUAAAUACUGUGAAUAAAUACAAGGAAAUAAAUGAAAUGUUUGAAAUAAUCA